AUGUCGUUAAACUACAUCAUUAACUUUUUUGAGGGAUGUCUCAGGCCUCCAACAGUGAUAGGCCAGUUCCACACACUGUUUUUUGGCUCUGUCCGUACGUUUUUCCUUGGGGUCCUUGGAUUUGCGGUCUAUGGCAAUGAAGCCCUCCACUUCAGCUGUGACCCAGACAGAAGGGAAUUAAACCUUUACUGUUACAACCAAUUCAGGCCUAUAACACCUCAGGUAUUCUGGGCAUUGCAGCUAGUCACUGUCUUGGUACCUGGAGCUGUUUUCCAUCUUUAUGCUGCCUGUAAAAAUAUAGACCAGGAGCAGAUCCUCCAACGACCCAUCUCCACAGUUUUCUACAUCAUCUCUGUCCUUCUAAGAAUUAUUUUGGAAGUUUUAGCAUUUUGGCUUCAGCGUCACCUCUUUGGUUUCCUGGUUGAGCCUAUUUACAUGUGCGAUGCCAGUGCCUUAGCGAAGAUAUUCAACUUCACAAAGUGCAUGGUUCCUGCACACUUUGAGAAAACCAUCUUCCUUAGCGCGAUGUACACUUUCACCAUCAUCACCAUACUCCUCUGUAUCGCUGAGGUUUUUGAGAUCCUUUUUCGAAGACUAGGCUAUUUAAACCAGCCAAUGACUUAA